ACGCUAGUUCAACAAUCAGCUUGACAACUCAUCUCCAUAUGCCUGGUUCUCCGGAAAAAUCCCCUAUGCCGGGCACCUCUACUAUACCAAAAGUCCCUACAGCUUCAGAUGUUCGGGAGGCGAAGCGCCGCCGGCUUAGCGUCGCAACAAACACACUAUCAAAACCUUUCCGCUCACCUCUGCUCUCUAAACCUCGCUCGACUGCUACAACUCCUUCUCCCACGAAAUCUGUUGCUUCGUCAGCAGGUUCACCUACCUCUCCUGUUACAAAUACUCCGAUAUCUACAGAUCGUCGUCGUCCAAGCACCACCAGACAAGCUUCCUCGACCACUCAAAAUCCUGAGUUAACGAAGUUGUAUAGGCAGCAGUCAGCCUUAGAGGCAAGAUUGCGGGAGAAGAAGGCCUUGCUGGACACUGCAAAACAGGCUCUGAACAUCGAGACUGCGGCCGGCGGGCACGGUGAAGAGAAAUUACGGGCGUCGAUAGAGAAGUGGAGGGCGGCAGCCAGGAGUGCAGCAGACGCGUUAUAUGAGAUAACUAGUCAAAGAGCAGCGAACGCUGGCCCUGGAGGCUGGAAGGAAUUAGUUAGGAAGAGGGGUUGGGAUGAUGAAGAAAAACAGACCGCUUAUGAAAAAGGUGGUGAAGAAGAUGAGGUAUACAAUGCCCUCUUUGUGUUCCUUAUCUCGUCGCGAUGAAUAACUUAUCAUGAUAGGAGUUUACGAUGGGGGUAAUGCUGAAAGCUUUGGGGAUUGAUCUGAAGUUGAUUGGGUACGACCAGGAUGGCGAUUGUUGGGUGUGAUUGGGUUUAAGUUUCCAUGUGGUAUACAGUACUAGGUUUCGGUGGUGAUCGUUACGAUGAGACCCAUAACCAAAUCUGCCGUUAAUUAGCCUCUAAGUCCCUUUGGUGGAUAUCUUGGGGGUAGAACCCUUCCAUAAAUAUUAGCAUAAAUUUUUUGCUGAAUGUUUCGCAGACCGUUUUUACCACAGAUACCGGCAUUUGUUUGUUUUUUUCCCUAAGAGCUAUGAUUAGCAACAGAAACAAAGGCCCCCUGGAGCCACCCGGGUAGUCAACCCCGGUAUACAGAAAG